AUGCCCGGGCAGGGGCGGAGCCCGCCUUAUAUGGGAGCUGCGCGGGGACAAGCCGCGCGGGCUGCCUUCCCGGGGGACGCGGCCCAUCGUCUGCGUGAGCCACCGCCGCCCCUGCUAGGGAGCACUCUAUUCGGGUCGGGGGCUUCAGUGCACAGAACAUGCGAGUGGCCCAGAGCCGACAAAGCCAGCCCGGUUCUUAAAGACAACAAAUUACACAAGCUUGCAGGAGGAGUUCAAGAUUAA